AUGGGUAUCAAUGUAACGCUGCAUGGAAGUAGGAGCCUGGUUGUGACUGAUUAUAUUUGGGGUAGUGAAGUAUCUGACUCGGCCGAAGAAGAGGACGACAGGGAACUAAUCUCCGUCCUGGAUCUAAGUGAUGAAGAUGAUGAUAUUGAUCUUAUUAGUGGUGCUCCUUGCCCUGAAACUAUAAACCACCUUAGAAAGAUCCCUAUUGAUUUCCUACUCACCUCUACCAUACCUGAAACAUUAACACCGUCGAAUGGGGAUCCUUCAAUCUUGCUGGUCUCUGUUGCUGGUGCUGUUGAUGAUGAAGGUGGAGGUAAGCAGAAGGGUGAUGAGUGUGAAAAGGUCAAACCUUCACCUGUAAGAGUAUUCAAUUCCUCGUAUCUGAUUCCUAUAAAACCCAUACUACAACCCAUCACCAAUCCUAUUAGCAUGGAACAAGAAGCGAAACCUUCUCCGUCCACAUUCUUCAAAUAUAUUAAGAGGAUAUUCUGGAGCCGGGCUCAUCAAACAACUGAAACGACUUCAGAUAGUAUUGUGCCUUCAUCACUUCCUACUCCCAUUUCUGCUAUUUCCAAUCAAUCAAUUGUGGGUGAUAGUGUUGGUGAUGGUGAUAAGUUGCGUCAGAGGAAACUUGUGCACAGAAGAACACAGUCACUACGGAAACACAAGUAUCUAGUGAAGCAAAAACGGAUCAUCAGGUUAGCCAACUCGUCUUCUUCAGAUUAUAGCUCAUCUGAAGAAGUAGAUGGUGCUGAUGAUGAUUCAUGGAGAAAACUACGAAAUACAACCAUCCCUAACUCCGAUCCAAUGACACCCACAUCUGAUACAAACAAAUAUAAUAUCACCUCAGACGACAUUGUAUCACUCUCUGAGUCUGAAGAACCCAAAUGGCCAGGUAUGUUCUCUCAAGUUUGA